CGAGGCAUUCCCACAGGGAGAAAAGGUAAUCUCUAGUUUCCCAUUUAAGUUAUUUCAUUGCUGGAUUUUCUCUCAGGCAGACACAUCCUGGGCUGUUACAGUUCUUUUCUCCUUAGCCAAGCUUGUUUUCGGCAUUCUCGGGUAAGAAAUAAACUUCGAAGGCUUGACAAAGAUAUUCACUUUUUUUUUUGUUUUUUUGUUUUUCUUGUUGCAGCUUGGCUUUGUCUGUAAUUUGGCCUCUCCACAUCAUUGUUUUCAUGCUUGUCAAUCCUCCAGCUUUUCCGUUUCUGAACCAAGUCUUUAUUCAGCUCGACAGUGCUUGGGGCUUGCUAGGAACCACCGCGUUUGCAAUCUUUUGCUACUACCUCGUCAUGUCUGUCAUAUCUGGAGAGAUGCAUUCCAUUCAUCCAAUGAAGUAAGCACUUUUUUUAUUAAAAAAAAAAGUUUUUUCUAUGAAACUAUACCAAGGCACGCUCAUGAACUAUCCUUCUAUGUUCAACAAGGUGAUCCAGCGAUCCAAUGUGGCUCCACGCGCAGAGCACGCACGAGAAUGUGAUCGCAUCGGGCGAUCGGCCGUGCCCAGUGCGGCAUAGCAUCGAAGACCGAUCGCCCGAGAUCGACCUCGCUGGAGGAGACGCUGGCGUGGAGGAGAUUGUUCCAGCUCGAGACGUCCCUCUCGGCGUCGCGGAAGAACUCCUGGGCUUCGCGAAUUUGCCCGCAUUGGGCAAAUGCUGCGAUUAUCGUGUUCGCCGAGGCGACGCUCCGGGCAGGCAUCCGCGCGAAGACCUCCCGCGCCUCCCCGAUUCGGAGGCGCUGUGCGGCGAUGGUGAGCAUCGAGUUCCAGGUGAUGACGUCGCGGCGGGGGAAUUCCACGAACAGGGAUCGCGCGUCGCGGAAGCAGCCGUUCUGGGCAAGCGCGGCGAUGGUGAUGUUGAUGGUGAAGAGGUUGCGGACGCGGAGCUCGCGGAAGACGGCCAUGGCGCUGGCAAUGGAGCGGCAGGCGCCAUACAUCUGGAUGAGGAGAUUGGCGACGAAGAGAUCGGUGUGCCAGCCAGAGCGGACGAUCUGCGCGUGCAAUCGCCGGCCGCCCUCCAGAUCCCUGCCCGCGAUGCAUCGCCGCAGCAGCACGACGUAGCCCGACGCCCCGGGAUCGCUCAUCCUCCUCGUCCCCGCGCAUUUCCAAGGAGGAAGAACAAAUCUGGACAGGCAUAA